ACUUCGCCCGGUGGCCGCGUAGUGUGUGUCCCGCACGGCACAUAAAUACAACCACCGGUGACAGUUGAGACAAACCGUCGGAACGUACCGGCAGCAACGUCGCGCGAACUGUCUCUUCUCGAACGAUCGCCAGAUCACAGUUCGGUACGCAUUCGCCUCCGUGUACAAAAGCCGUGUGAAAAGCCUUCCGGUGAAAAGGGGGGGGGGUCGAGUUUUUCGCGUAGUUUUCGACUGGUGUCCUGCUGUGUGCCUUUUAAAGGUGCUUAAUUUACCCCUCACAAAGAAAAACCCCCGCCCUCGGAACGCAUACCCGUUCCGUCCGUCGUGGUGACAAAAGGCGUAAUUGUAAGCUCGUGCGGUGGAAAACGGUGGAAAAGUUUGCCUUCUUCGUCAUCUUCGCUUGUCUAACCACGGAAUCGGGCGAACAUUCCGCACCGUGGUCACCGCGGGAACAUUGGUGCCAGACUUUUAGUUUUCGUUGCAAACACAAGCUACAACAAAAGCAUUACGUCGGGUACCGGAACAAGGAGGAAGUGAAGUUGGUUUGGAAAAUUUAGGGCAACAAAAAAAACCCUCAAUUUUUACGCCAAAAGUCACCGCCAGGUUUUCGUGACCGGUCGAAAGUGCUGCUACAGUGACAGAAAGAAAAAGUUCAGUGUUGGUUUUUUUGCUCACAGAACAAGAAAAAAAGAGUGCACAAGCAUUUUCCCGAUCCGUGUCAACACCUCCCGAGUGGUCGGCGGGUGGCAAAUGAAAACCUGUUAAAUAAUUUAAAUAAAAUUGGCAAAGUUUUAUCGCCGUUGCGGUGCUGGCGGACCGUGCUCCAACGUGACGUAACCUCAAAAAUUAAUACCACCGGGAAAAAGUGGUGGCGCAUCUGCUGGUAGGAUCUGAGCGGUUAAGUGCGUCUUGGCGGAAGAAAACUACCGAGCGACAAAUAGGACAGAGUAAACAUGGUAGAUAAAACCAUCCGGCGAAGGUGUCACCGUUGGACACUCCUUCGGGCACUACUAUUAUCUACGGUUCUGGGUAUCGUUCUGCCCUGGCCUAAUGGGGCUGCUAACGCGCUCCCUUACGGUAAUGCCGGCAUUGAGUUGGACCUGGAGAAUGAUGGUAUCUCCCUAACGGCUUGCUACGUAGAGGAUCUACGCAAUAUUCGUGAGCACAGCCAGAACCCGCUCGUGAUCGAGAUUAAUCACUGCUACCUGCAAGAGCUGCCGAACGCGAUCUUCAUACGCUUCAACGAUCUGAAAGUGUUGGAGAUAUGUGACAGCCGUGUUAACAACUUACAAGACUUUGCACUGAAUGGUCUGCGUAACAUCGAAUCGUUGAAUCUGUCUCGCAACAAUCUCACCACGAUAAAGUCAUGGAGUGAUCACAAUCUGGACACGCUGCAAGUGCUCGAUCUGCGACGAAAUCUCAUCCGCUCGAUCGAUGAAUUCUCCUUCCAUCGCUAUCCUUCGCUUGUAAAGCUUAAUUUGGCAGUCAACUUCAUCACAACCAUUCCCGAGGCAACGUUCAAACCGAUCACCAACCUGAAGAAUCUCAAUAUGGGUAAAAAUUUACUAACAACUGUGGGCGAGGGUAUUCUGCGAGGACUGAACAAACUGACGCACGUUGCGUUCCACCAUAAUCGCAUCCGCACGAUACAUCCAUUUGCGUUCGUGGGCAACAGCCAUCUGAAGGUGGUACAGCUGCAGGGUAAUCAGCUCAGCUCGUUUGAGCCGGAUCUGUUCGGAAACCUGCCCCGGCUUCAGUUCCUGAACGUGAGCAGCAACGAGCUGGAGACGAUCGGUAACUUGAGCUUCAAGAGCAAUGGCGAUCUACGGAUGCUGGAUCUCAGCUACAACCGGAUCGGACAUCUCGAGGACAACAGUUUCAAGGGAUUGUACGAUCUGGAGACGCUCAACAUCAGCCACAAUCAGCUGGAAACGGUCAGCAAAUAUGUGCUGAAGGAUUGUAGUAAUCUGCGCGACCUCGAUCUCUCCACCAACAAACUGGACUACGUCAGCCUGAAGCUAUCCAUCGCAACGCCCCGGCUCGUGCGACUCAACCUGUCCAGCAAUGCGAUCAGUGAGAUCGAACGUGAUGCUUUCGAAGACCUCCCGAAGCUGCACACACUCGAUUUGGCACACAAUCAGCUCACGGAUGAUAGCUUCCUGUGGCCACUGAUGAAUCUCAGCGUGCUUAACAUGAGCCAGAAUGGAUUCCGCAAGAUUAACGCAUCGCUGCUGGAGAGCCUUGCGUUGGCCGAGGUUUACGACAAUCCUUGGGACUGUCGGUUUCUAGUGCAGGAGCUGGUGCAUCAUAGCAGUAAUGUGAUUUAUGGUAAAAACUAUCUUGUGGAGGAUACGGGUCGGAUUCUCACCGCGACCGGUAUCGAAUGUACGGACGAACGGGGCAAGCAUCGUGACAUUGUGGUUGUGGAACCUCCGCCAAAACCUACCGAGAGUGAGCUUGAGUAUCAGCGGUACAAAUUCUUCCACGAAGGUCACGUUGAUACCCGUCCCAUACAGGACAACUUCGACACCAAGUCCACCGUCAUUUGGCUGAUGUCCGGUGCGAUCGCCGUGUUCGGUGCGUUCAAGCUGAUUCAGCUGCUUCUCCGACACUCGGAACAUCAGAGUGAAAAGUGGCGCCUUGCACAGCACCUUGAAGACUAGCGAGGAGCAAUGAGAAACUUCAUUGCACGAAAUCUCAACACUACCAUGGGUUCAAACAUUGCCGUGACCAGGAUUCGAACCUGGGUUACUACGGCCACAACGUAGGGUCCUAACCACUAGACGAUCACGGCUAUCGAGGAAUGUGUAUUAAAUGCAGUUUAGCUAUAAAAAUUUACCAAGUUAUUGUUGAAUAUUUAUAACUGUAUGAAUUCGUUUUAAUUGAGUAGUAAAAAAAAUGAAUAAACUAAUUUAAUCUAUUUAAAAUGAAAAUGUAUUACAUGGCUCCGACGGGAGCCUUAAUGCGAGCAGACCAUUUUAAAAUU